AUGAAAUAUAUCCAAUAUGGAAACAAUCCAUCACAAAUAUAUGCGAGAAGCUUUAAAUCUUCAUAUGAUAAUCAUGAAGUUCCUGUUGGAUGUGUAUUUGUACUUGAUGAUAAAAUAAUCGGAAGCGGCCGUAAUAGAACUAAUGAGACACUCAAUGGAACGAGACAUGCUGAAUUUGAAGCAAUAGAUUUAAUUCUUUCUUCCGGUGAAUACACAAGUGAAGUAUUUAAACGAUGUGUGCUAUAUGUUACAGUUGAACCUUGUGUUAUGUGCACCUACGCUUUAAGGCAAUUAGGGAUCAAACGUGUUGUUUAUGGAUGUGCAAACGAGAGAUUUGGAGGAGCUGGAUCUGUUUUUGAUAUUCAUCAAGAUCCAAAAUUAAAAUUACAUCCGGCGUAUACAUGUGAAGGAGGGUAUUAUAGAGAGGAAGCUAUUUUAUUAUUAAGAAAAUUUUAUGUUCGAGAAAAUGAAAAUGCUCCUAUACCUAAAAGAAAACACCAGCGAAUUUUGAAAACAGAAAUUGCACCAAUGAAAAAUAAUUAA